AUGCCGUAUCAGUCCCUGCUACCUCAAACGACAGCGUUAGAUUUGCAGAGUGGUUAUCUAAAAUGGGCCCAAGCCCAAAUAAAGAAUGAAAUUAGCAGCAAUGAACUCGGCCUGGGAAUGGUAAGCAUAGCAUAAAGCAUGUUGAUUAGUUAAUGAAAAUGAAAAAUCAUUUUCAGUCAAAUAAAAGGUACACAUCACCCCUAAUAUGAAUUGAUCACACUUACUUUAAGCUUUCCCUUUGUUUCCCUCAUUCUAUGCUCUUAAGCUACUCAAUCACUACACCCCACAACACACAUGGAAGUUAAAUCAAUAUCAACAUCCACCACCUUCUCUCUCUUUCUCUUCUACAACUAUUUAUAUACAAUUUGGCUCAUGCAAGUUACAACCCAUACCACAAUUCUACUUCAUAAAUUAUAUUUCUCCAUUCACUUCUUUCCUCAAUUCUACCAAAAAUGACAAACUAUUUACACCUACUUUUCUUCACCCUAUCCCUUCUAUUGGGCCAAUCCAGACCCGACCCAGACCCACUUCAAGAUUACUGUGUUGCUGAUAACAAACCUGAAUUUUUCCUUAAUGGGGUGCCCUGUAUCAACCCAGAUAAAGUUACACCCUCACAUUUUGUUACAUCUGCAUUGUCUAAGAAUGGUAACACUAGUAACCAAUUUGGCUUCAGUGUCACAGCCACCAACACUGUUAAUCUUCCUGGGCUUAACACAUUGGGCCUGGUAUUGACCCGGAUUGAUAUAGCGGCGAAUGGGAUCGUGCCACCUCACUCGCAUCCACGGGCCUCCGAAGUGACCACUUGCCUCAAGGGCCAGCUUCUUGUGGGCUUUAUUGACACAAAUAACCGUGUGUUUACCCAGAACCUGAAGCCCGGUGAGUCUUUUGUGUUCCCAAAGGGCCUGAUACAUUUCUUGUCCAAUAAUGAGUUAAGGGAACCGGCACUGGCCCUUUCUGGUCUAAAUAGCCAGAACCCAGGUACUCAAAUUGCAUCACUUGCAACAUUUGCUAGCAAACCUGCUAUUUAUGAUGAAAUUCUCAAGAAGGGUUUCCAAAUUACUGGCAGAGAAGUGGAAACAAUUCGUAGAAACCUUGGAGGAUGAUUAAAUAGAUUAUCCUGGUAUUGGAGGUGAUCCAAUUACUGUCACCAAUAUGCUUAAUUUGUUAUUGCUUUUUGCUUGGGAUUCUAGGUGGGAACAUGGUGUUAGAUUCACAUAUUUAAAAUGUCAGAUUGUGUAUUUAAAAUGAACCGAAAGAGACAUCCAAACAGUCAUGUUACAACAUUACAUGUUUAAUAAUCAAAUUAAAAUCAGAUGGCUGAUCUGAGUCAUGUAUUGAAUAUUAUUAUGGAGUGAAAAGUAUGCUUGUCCUUUUUUUAAUUUGUUGACACAGUUCAUAUAGCUGGCACCUUUUUUGUAAGGUUGAUGAAAAAGGGAGUGUCUAUAAAUUCAAACCCCUUAUGAUAUGAAUGUUUCCAUAGGAAAAGUUACUUCGGUUUAUACCACUACAGUAUCUGCUUUACUUUUCUGUUCCUCAAUCAUAGUCCUUUGAUGUCAUUUUGUUUCUGCAGACAUGACGCAAACAAUGCAAUUGGCAGUUGUCAACAUGUUUUGUAUUCUGGAUUUUAAUGUUUAUUCCUCCAACACAUGGUGUUCCGGUAGCACAUUAGGCUAAUAGUGCUUUCAAUAUGACAUUUUUCUUAUUUUUAUCUCCGAAUAAAAUAGAAAAAAAUCAAAGUUUGGCAUCAAGAUUUUGAAUGAGGAAAUUCAGAGCUCCUGUUCUUGAUCAUUUUUUAUGGAACUCUUUUGUGUUA